GCUCCCUGCAUGAUGCUACUUUGUAAGCACCAAUCAGGUGACGCAAUCUCUCAUUGUUUCUUUUUUCUUUUUUCACAUCUUGCACAUGCGCAUUUCAUUUUGAAAAUGGCGGCCAUACAAGGUGGUGUGGUCGACGCGAAAGAAGAAAAAGAGAUCAAAACAGAGCCAUCAAACGAAGUCAGUGGAAAUAAUAAUGCAAAUGAUGGAAGACUGCUUUCUGCGUCUCCCGCUGCUUCGGCUGGAAGUAACAAAGCAACGGCGGGAGCCCCGGAGGACCAGCAGACGCUGCUGGCGGUCCUGCAGUUCCUGAAAAAGAACAAUCUGACCGAGUCCGUCGAAAUCUUGCGUCGUGAAGCGGGGUUGCCGGAGGAGUCACAGGAUCUGAAAGGGGCCGACUCCUCCGGGACAGGCGCAACAGAUGCUGCCGCCAGUGUGGAUGUAGAAGGCGUGGAUACUAGCUCUCUGCUCAGCCGUGUGACCGGUUCAACCUCCGCCGGAGCCCCAGCGCCAGCCAAAGCUGGCGGUGAUCAGCCAGACGUCAACGUGGUGCUGUCAGCUUACAGUCAGCAGGGGGACCCGGCUUUGUAUGAGGUCUACUACAGCAGCCUGAAGAAGUUCAUAGAAACGGUUUUGGACUGUCACAGAGCUGAACUGUCCCAGGUCUUCUACCCUCUGUUUGUCCACAUGUAUCUGGAGCUGGUGUACAACAAUCAUGAAAAUGAGGCUAAGGCUUUUUUUGGGAAGUUUAGUGGAGAUCAGGAGUGCUAUUAUGAAGAUGACUUGCGUGUCCUGUCUAGCCUGACCAAGAAAGAGCACAUGAAGGGCAACGAAACCCUGCUGGACUUCCGCACCAGCAAGUUUGUCCUGCGUAUCUCCCGUGACUCUUACCAGCUGCUGAAGAGGCACCUGCAGGAGCGUCAAAACAACCAGAUCUGGAAUAUCAUCCAGGAACACCUCUACAUUGACAUUUUUGAUGGCAUGCCACGCAGCAAGAACCAGAUUGAUGCCACGUCUGGCAGUUUGGCAGGAGAGGCCAGGCGAGAGGCCACUAAGACGAAGGUUUACUAUGGAUUGCUGAAGGAACCGGAAAUUGAGCUACCUCUGGACGAUGAGGACGAGGAAGCAGAGAAUGAAGAGGGUAAACCCAAGAAGAAGAAACCCAAAAAGGAUAGUAUGGGUUCCAAGAGCAAGAAGCAGGAUCCUAAUGCACCCUCACAGAAUAGGAUACCUCUGCCAGAACUUAAGGAUUCAGACAAGCUGGACAAGAUCAUGUACAUGAAGGAGGCCACCAAGAAGAUUCGCCUGGGACCAGACACCCUCCCCUCUAUCUGCUUCUACACUUUUCUCAAUGCAUACCAGGGUCUGACUGCAGUGGACUUCACAGAUGACUCCAGCUUGAUUGCAGGAGGCUUUGCUGACUCCACGGUGCGGGUGUGGAGUGUCACACCGAAAAAACUCCGCAAGGUCAAGUCGGCAGCAGACUUGAAUCUGAUUGACAAAGAGUCAGAUGAUGUGCUGGAGAGGAUCAUGGAUGAGAAGACGGCCAGCGAGUCAAAGAUUCUCUACGGACACAGCGGCCCGGUGUAUGGAAUCAGCUUUAGCCCCGACAGAAACUACCUCUUGUCAAGUUCUGAAGAUGGUACAGUCAGGCUGUGGAGUCUCCAAACAUUUACAUGUUUAGUGGGCUACAAAGGUCACAACUACCCGGUGUGGGACACCCAGUUUUCUCCCCAUGGGUACUAUUUUGUCUCUGGUGGACAUGACAGAGUUGCCCGUCUGUGGGCGACAGAUCACUACCAGCCUCUACGGAUAUUUUCUGGUCACCUAGCUGACAUUACUUGCACCCGUUUCCACCCCAACUCUAAUUAUGUGGCCACAGGGUCUUCUGACCGCACCAUCCGCCUCUGGGACGUCCUGAACGGAAACUGUGUCAGAAUAUUCACCGGUCAUAAGGGUCCUAUCCAUGCGCUGGCUUUCUCUCCCAAUGGAAAAUUCUUGGCUUCAGGAGCCACCGAUGGUAGAGUUCUUCUCUGGGACAUUGGUCAUGGACUGAUGGUUGGAGAGCUCAAAGGUCACACAGAUACCAUUGCCUCCGGCUCAAUGGACAACACAGUUCGUCUGUGGGAUGCAAUGAAAGCGUUUGAUGAUUUAGAGACUGAUGACUUCACGGCAGCUACGGGUCACAUUAAUCUACAGGAUAACUCCCAGGAGCUUCUGCUGGGCACCUACAUGACGAAAUCCACACCUGUCAUACACCUUCACUUCACCCGGAGGAACCUGCUUCUGUCCGCCGGGGCCUACAAUCCAUAAGUCAUUACUGAAUUAUGAGGAAAAACUGUAUUGGUUGACUUCUGGCUGUGAAUGAGGACAGAGAUCAGGUCAGCCCUCUCCUGUCACGGCCCUCAGUCUGAAAGAUUCCAGGCUCCAUUAUUUCUUUGCCUGAGAACAGUGACAUUGGUGAUGGAGGACUGUUUCUGAAAACCACUGCCAUGAGUACAUCUUUA